GGCGGAAGUCACGUGGCGAGCGGCAGGCGGGCGGCGGCGGCGGCAUGGCGUCCUCCGCGCCGGGCGACUUCGGCUCGGGCGCGCGGCUGGACCCGGGCGCGCUCAUGGAGCAGGUCAAGGUGCAGAUCGCCGUGGCCAACGCGCAGGAGCUGCUGCAGAGAAUGACAGACAAAUGUUUCCGGAAGUGUAUUGGGAAACCUGGCAGCACCCUUGAUAACUCUGAGCAGAAGUGUAUCGCCAUGUGCAUGGAUCGCUACAUGGAUGCUUGGAACACAGUCUGGCGGGCCUACAAUUCCCGGCUGCAGCAGGAGCGAGCCAACAUGUGACCAGGACAGGCAGCUGGCAGAGUCUGGGAACAGACUUGGGGAAGGGAUCCACUGAGGCCGCUCUGAGGAGGGCACCAGGGUAUGGGUGGCACGGGAUGGAAAAGGUCUGUGGAAGCAAUUAAAUGAUACCCAGCA